AUGGAAUCCACACCAUUGAUUGAGGACGAUUUGAAGGACCUCCCUACGGUGGUUAAGGAAAUUGUACCGUUGGUGGAUAAUCCACGUACUUUGACCAUCACCUUCAGAUAUUUUGUGCUAUCAACGCUUUUCGUGGUUCCAGGGGCUUUCAUUGACACAAUGAAUUCUUUCCGUACAACUUCGGCAGCUUACUCGAUUUUUUUUGUCCAAAUUGCCAGUCAUUGGUGUGGGAAAUGGAUGGCUAGAACCCUCCCCAACAAAGAUGUAAGGAUAGGAAAGUUUCUGUUCAAUUUAAACCCUGGUCCUUGGUCUAUCAAAGAAACAGCUUUGAUCACUAUCACCGCAAACUCCGGUGCCACAGGGAACUUGGCUACCAACGGGAUAUCUUUGGCCCAGCUUCAUUUUGGUGAAGUGGUACAUCCGUUGACAGCCAUAUGUUUCAUGUUAGCCAUUGUUUUUGUUGGAUAUGCUUAUGCCGCUAUUGCUAAAGAUUUAUUACUUUACGAUCCUCAGUUUAUUUGGCCCCAGGCAUUGAUGCAAACGACCUUGCUUCGAAGCCAGGAGAAGGCGGACGGGAUUAGUGAUGAGGGUGAGGGUGAUAGUGGGGAGGUUGUGGACUCUAGAAGGGAUUUUGGUGCUAUAAAGAAUAGAGAUGAGAGUGAUAUUGAGCCUAGUGAUACCAGUUCAACUGGGCCCGACCCCACCACAUCCAAGGGAGAAGAACCUGGCACAUCUGUCAGCAAACCCGAUACCCAAAUGAGAGUGUUUUUCUACGUUCUCAUUGCAGUCACCAUCUGGCAAUUCUUCCCCGAGUUCAUCUUCCCCCUAACCUCAUCCCUCGCCGUCAUAUGUUGGAUAGCUCCCUAUAGUCCCACAUGGAAUUUCAUAGGCAGUGGAAUGGGAGGGAUGGGAUUCAUGAACUUCACUUUAGAUUGGGCCAACAUCACCAGCUCCAUCAUGUUGUUCCCCUACUGGAUCCAAGUGAUUCAAUUUGUAGCAUUUGUCAUUGGUUGUUGGAUUCUCAUCCCCAUAGUAAAAUUUGGAGGGUUUAAUGAUUUCGGCUUAAUGUCUAAUUCCAUAUUUACCGAAACUGGGGCCAAAUAUCCUACUAACGAAUUACUUACACCCGACCUACAGUUCAACCAAACGGCGUAUGAGCAUUAUGGUCCGGCGAAUUUAGGAGCUCAGAGAUUAUGGAACGUUUUCUUUGAUUAUGCGGCAUACGUUUCUGGUGUGGUUUGGGUGGUGAUGUUCGGGUACGAGAGAUUAGUACAAUCAUGGAAAAUCUCUCGUUCUAAAGAUAAAACUUAUGGCGAUAGAUUGAAUAAAUUGGCUAAGAACUAUGACCCCAUCCCCAUGUCUUGGUACUAUACCUUGUUCGGCUUAUCAUUCGGUAUGUUAAUGAUAAUCUUCUGGUCAGGACAAAUGUUCAUGCCAUGGUGGUGUUGUAUCAUUGCUCUUAUCCUUGGUUCCAUCAUUGUCACCCCAUUAGCUUGGUUAUACGCAUUGUCCAACUUCCAGCUCCCCAUUGGAACAUUCAACGAAUUAUUCUUUGGCUACCUCGUUCAAUCCCAAUCAGUACAUCCUGCUUCAGGGUCAGUAUUUGGGUCAGUAGCGGGAGAUGCUUGGUAUAGAGCUCAGUAUCAUUUGGAGUGUAUGAAACUCGGAUUCUAUAUCCAUCUCCCUCCUAAAGAAGUGUUCCUUGCUCAGAUCUAUGGUGAGCUUAUUGGAGUACCCAUCAAUUACCUUGCAUUGUCAUGGGUUUUGGGAACCAAGGGCGAUUACCUAAAAGGGAAAUUGAAAGAUCCUUUGAAUCAAUGGACAGGUCAGGAAAUCGAAAGCAUUCACACCAAUGCUAUUCAAUACGUCGUUCUAGGACCUUCUAGAUUGUUCCAUAAUUAUCCUUUGUUACCUCUUGGGUUUGUGGUGGGUCUUAUAGCUCCCAUCAGUCUUUAUUACCUUCAUAGACGUUACAAAAAAGUAGGUUUUGACUAUUGGAAUACCACGGUUUUCUUCUCCAGUAUGGCCAAGUUCCAUGGGAACCUUAGUACCGGAGGACUUUCCAAAUUCAUCGGUGGUACCAUAACCAUGUUCUAUAUCUUCAGAUACCAUCAUCAUCACUGGAAGAACUACAAUUACAUUCUCGCAGCAGCUUUCGACACCGGUUACAACUUAUCAGUAUUAUUGAUCUUCCUUGUAAGUUCUGUUUUAUUCACCUUUACCAUGCCCCAUUGGUGGGGUAACGAUGCCACCAGCAUAGAGAAAUGUUAUAGUUUAUAG